CAACAGAUAGACCAACCUACCGACAUAUAGUAUCCAACUCGUUUCAAUGGUAGUUAAAAGCAAACCUGUCUCUACCGCGGUGGUCCCAGACCACCCUGCGAACGAUGUUUCUAUUCUCAAAAAUGAUCAGAUCCAAGCCUUUGUCAAGCUUCAACCAAUUUAUAUGCCCAACGAUCAGAUCGAUGAUGAUCACCCUUUGCACGCUCUCCGGAACUCCUGGAAAUAUAUUUACGUGAUUAAUUGGCUCUACCAAUGCCGUGGAUACGUGAGAUUGCUGUCAGAGUACUUUGAUGUCGACCUUUUUGAGUGUGAAUUACUCAACAUGGUGUAUCCUCCACCCAUUGAUGAUUCAGUUUUGUUUAUCAAUAAGCUAAAGAUUGCUCUUUUAUCCACCCUUCAAGGUAGUAAAUGUCUGGCCAAUAACUUUGAAAAAAUCUUCAGAAUAUGGUUUGGUAGUGACACCCCACUUAAGGGCCCUGAGGAGAACACUGAAGAUACCCAAAUGGAACAAGAAGAAGAAGAUCAAUACAAUGAAUAUCCCACAUUUGACUCACUUCUUAUUGAAGAUAAAUUUGAGAUUCUUUAUUUGUUAAUGGAUUAUAUAACAGGAUACCCCCAGUUCAGAACAUUUUUAGAUAAGGCAGGGACUGUUGUUUCCGAUACUUUAAGAAUUAACCCGUUAGUCAGUGAACCAAUUGACGAUCAUACAACAGAAUCCUUGUGUUUAUUAUUUGACUGUUCUAGGAUUUACAAGAGGAAAGUCACCGUACCAACCUUGGUUAUCCCCAAGAAGAGAAAGCUUGCACCUGCAGACCCAGAAUCAUACUACGAACCGGAUCAAUUUGAUAUUGAGGGAACCGUUCAAUAUGAAUUAUUGGCCAAAGGAUUAUAUCAGAUCGAUAAGUAUUUAGUAGACCUUUCGAAGAAGAAGAAUAAAAAGGCAAAGGAGCAAUUAUCUGCUCUUAAGACCGCUGCUAACAUCGAAUCUCUUUAUGUUGCAGAGACAAAGAAGCGUAAAUUUAUGGCCAGCAGAAGAAAGGAACUCCAAUUGUCUAAUUUGCUUGCUACUAGAAAGAGAUCCUCAAGAUUGGAAGCAAAGGAAAAGCAAAGACAAGAAGAAUUGAGACAAGCUCGUAUCGAAGAAGAAGAGGAAUUAAGAAUAGCUGCCGAGAAGAGAAUGGAGAGAAGAAGACUAGCAAGAAACGAAGAAGCUAUAGGACUGGGAAUGACUAGAGAAGAGAGAUUGAGAAUGAGAAGAGAGCCUACUGAAACUCCCGAGGCCCAGCAACUGGAUGCCACCAUUGGUGAUGAUUCCACUCCAAUUACUCCUGCCACUCCAGUUGGGUCACAAAAUGGCAUGGAUGUUUCUACUCUUGACACUCUGCAAGCUUCAGUUGCCACAGGUAUCACACAGACGCUACCACCCACUUUUGGAUCAGUAUCAGCUGUACCAGUGCCAAUUUCGUCUAUAGAAGCUACAGAACAGACCACCGAGGGCAGCACACACGCCAUACCACCAACACUAUCAGAACCCGCUACUGAGAUCACCCAAACCCUGGCCCCUACAGCCGAAACAGUCUCUGAAGUGCCAAUUCCAGUUUCUUCUGCCGAAACAGCAUCAAACAUUCCAGAAACAUCUACUGCCGAAAUCACCCAAACUCUCCCACCAACUUCGGACACAAUCUCAGAAAUUCCAAUACCAGUUGCUACAAUUGAAGCUACGGAUCCUCAAACUAACCCAUCUACAUCAGACUAAGUGUCAGCCGUGCGCGCGAACGCCACUGAGGGCCACGAGAGCUUGAUAGCCUUUACUUAAAACACCCACUUCUCUCGACUACUUGUAUAAUACGCACUUGUUACCUU